AUGGUCUUCCUCGUUUCGCUGGAUACGACCACCUUGGCCGUCGUGGUCAUUCAGCCUAUCUACACAAGCAUCUCGGAUAUUAUCGGCCGGAAAGCCCCUCUCUACAUCGCUAUUGGCCUUUUCUUUAUUGGAUCUAUUGCUUUCUCCGUGGCCAAGAGCAUGGCAGUGAUUAUUCUGGGCUGCGUACUCCAAGGUCUUGGUGGCGGCGGUCUAGAUGUUCUAAGUGAGGUUAUUGUCGCUGAUAUCACCACACUGCAAGAGCGUCCGCUGUAUAUUGGCCUACUAUCCCUGCCCAUGGCCGCAGGAAGUAUUCUCGGACCUAUUCUGGGUGCUCUUUUCAGUGAAUAUGUGGACUGGCGGUGGAUCGGCGGGAUCAACCUUCCAGUGAUUGCCGUGGCUGUCGUUCUGGCCAUUUUCUUUAUGCGUCUCAAGCAAAUCGGCAAACCAUUCCGUGAGCAGACUCAUCCUUUAGAUUGGCUUGGCAUUCUUCUAUUCCUGCGGACCAUUGUCUCCCUGGUAAUUGGUGUCCUAGUUCUGAUUGUUUUUGCCGUGUAUGAGGCCCAGCCUGUUAAACCGGUCUUUCCCUACCGCAUCUUCCGUUCCCGCACGGCCCAAGUGACCCUUAUUGGAAGCUUUAUCCAUGGUAUGGUCCUGUAUACUCUCUUACAAUAUCUUCCGCUGUUCUUUCAGGCCAUCUAUCUUGAAUCACCGCUUCGAUCUUCCAUCUCUAUCCUUCCCUUUUGCGUUGUUGUCAUGGCCUUUACCGGUAUUGCCGCGUGGGCCGUGGAUAUCUUCCGACACUACCGCUGGGAAAUCUGGACUGGCUGGGUCUUCCUUGCCGUCGGGGUCAUCGCUAGCAUUGGUAUCGGCACAAUUUUCACCGUCCCCCCGAUCAGUAUGCAGGCCAGUGCCCCGUCAGCCGAGGACCAAGGUCUUGCAAUGGGUAUCAUGGUCUCGUUCCGACUCUUUGGAGCACUGAUUGGUCUCGCGAUCGGAGCAACCACUUUCAGCACUGUAUUUGAGAAUUCUAUGGCCUCUGUUGGCCCGCUGCCAGAGACGUUGACUGUGCUGAAGAACGCGAAUGAAGCUGUCGGCUUCAUCCCGCAACUGGCCACCGUCGACAUGACGCCCGCACUUCGUGAUGCACUUCGGGGAGUGUAUCUGGAAGCUAUUCGCACGAUCUGGUACGUGCUGGCCGCGCUUGGUGGCGUGGCUUCCUUAGCUCCUUGUGGGUGGAGAGGUUGA